AUGGACAUUGCAUCCGGAGACUCGAAUGAGGGUCUCUCGGUGUUGCUCAGGGCUGUCGCCGAUGGCCGUUUGGAAGAGGAAUUGGAGAAGAUCCAGCGGCACUCCCCAAUCCCGGGGGACAGGUACAUGCCCUCAGAGGCCGACUUUCCCCAAUCCUCCUCCAUCAAGGCGCAGUCUCAGCUAUUGGACGCUGACUUCAGUCGCGCUACACAAGUACACUCCAGCCUCCAACAUCUUGUAAGCUAUUUUGGCGGCGCUUAA